GCACAUACGACCACAGGGUGUGGAAAACAGGGCUUCCCGUCCGCUCAGCCGUACUUAAGCCACACGCCGGGAGCGAAUCCCUUCUGUUGUAUGUUUUUGCAGCCUUGCUUCUCUUUUUAUUUUUUUUAUUUCUAUUUUUUUUUAUCUUCUUUUGCAACCCUCUCAUCAACCCUCCUGACAAAAAGGAGGUGCUGGGUAGCUGACCGGUGUGACCCUUGGAUUUACACAUACUGGUUUCAAACAUGUGUUUCAUAUGUGUCUCCAAUUCUACUCUCCCCUUCGGAAUCUUCCCGGACAUAA